AGUUUCGCCCGCAUCAAACAUCGGUACCGACUUUCAUUCAUAAAACAAACCAAAAUACGCAAAACGCGACACGCAAAAACCUAACCUCCGCGCCUAGCGAGGACGUUGUUUUUAUUAUUGUCCUCGCCUCUGGUGAAUUCGGUCGAUCGUCGACGGUUUCUUGUUAUCGCGAAGUGUUUUAGUGCGUGUUUGCACGUCGUACAAAGUGGUUGAAUUGAAAUCGAAGUUUUUCAAUAGUGAUCAAGGUGAUUAUUUGGACCAUUAGAGAAUUAAAGUUACACACGUGUGUUACUCUCGGUCGAAAACGGUGAAUUUAGUGCUUUUUAUGCUCAAGGCAAGUGUGAAAACAUUCGAGUGCUUAAGUCAAUUCGAGGCGGCCAUUUGGUGUGCAGCUGUGGGUUUCGUGAGUUAUUCGUCGUCGCAUCCGUUCCCGAAAAUUCGUUUCAGGCAAAAUGUUCCGUGUUCCAUCAAAGUUGUCCACUUUGGCAGCUGGCAGCUGUUUGUCCAAGCGUGGAUUGGUAGAUUUGGCCAAGUUGAGCUCCCUGGUUGACAUUAAACCGGAAGUCCGCGAGGCUCUCGUCAAGAAACCUCAAUCGGUAGUGGCCCUUGAGUCCACUAUCAUCACCCACGGUAUGCCCUAUCCGCAGAAUCUUGAGACGGCCCUCGAAGUGGAGGAGAUCGUUCGCAAAAAGGGUGCCGUCCCGGCUACCAUCGGUGUGGUCAACGGUCGCGUCAAGGUCGGCGUCACUGCUGACGAGCUGAAGGUGCUGGCCCGUGUCGAUAAGGAGAGCACCCUGAAGACGUCUCGACGUGACCUGGCUUAUGUGGUGAGCCGUAAGCUUAACGGUGGCACAACCGUCGCCGGAACUCUGGUUAUCGCCAACAUGGUUGGAAUCAGGAUUUUCGCCACCGGUGGAGUCGGCGGUGUUCACCGCGGUGGUGAGCAAAGCCUGGACAUUUCGCCCGAUCUGAUCGAGUUGGGUCGCUCGCCCGUCGCUGUCGUUUCCAGCGGCGUCAAGUCCAUUCUGGACAUUCCGAAAACUUUGGAGUAUUUGGAAACCCAAGGCGUCUGCGUUGCUUCCUACCAAUGUCCGGACAAGGAGUUCCCGGCCUUCUACUUCCCCACCAGUGGCUGCAAGGCCAGCUUCAACCUGAACAACCCGGUGGAGGCCGCCGAGCUGCUCAGCGCCAACAAUUCCCUUGGCUUGCAGUCCGGAUUCUUGAUUGGCGUCCCGUUGCCGGAGGAGCACGCAAUCGACCGCAAACUGAUUGAGGAUGCCACCGAGCAGGCCCUUUCGGAUGCCGGUCAGAAUGCCGUCGGGGGAAAGGAAAUGACUCCGUUUGUUCUGGCCGCCAUCUCGCUGCACACCAAGGGAAGAAGCUUGGAAUCAAACAUUGCCCUGGUGAAGAAUAACGCGAGCGUCGCGGCGGAAAUCGCGGUCCAGUUGUCGCGUUUGGAGAACGAAGGGGGCGCUGCCAAGUCCUGCAGCCAACGAGCACCGGUGGUUAUCGGUGGAUCAAUUGUCGACACUUGCAUCACGGUGAAGGAUGAUGAAUGGAAGGUAAAUAAAUUCACUCUGGCCACGUUAUCUGCAAUAGUAUCUAUGAACCAUUAUCACAGCGUAAGUAAAUAAAGGUAUUACCUCGAU